UCCCCCUCCCUUCAUCUCCCUCAUGUAUUCUCAUAAGCAUAAGGCCCAGAAAGACCAUAAAGUCUUUUUGCCAUACCAGUCUUGCUUAAUCCCUUGAAGCGAUUAUUUGAUAGUGAAUUAAUUUGAUUAAAUCUGGAUUCACCUUGAUUUUUUUUGCAAAUUUCCCCCGAGCCUCAAUUUGUGACCUUCCCUCACAUUUAUUUUCCCACCAGACUCCAUGGCCAACUCCUACAACUUUUAUUCUGGUGUAGGAAGACAAAAAUCAACUUAACAAUAAGUCCACCUUGGGAUCCUUUGCAAUCUCCCAAGGAACUUUAGCUAUGGAUAAUUCUUCCAUUCAACAAAAUUGGCUGUGAGUUCCUGAUAUCCCGGUCGCACUACCAUGCCAAUUCACACUAACUUGCAAUCUCUCAGCGUUGCACAAAAGAUCGAGAAGGAGUUACAAUUGCAAUUAAACAAGGAUUCUCCUACAUUUGAAGAUAUUCAACAUCUUCUCACACAGUUCGUUAACGCACUCUUGUCUUUAUCGCACCGGUUAAUCAUUUUAGGUUGCGCAUUGCUUGUGAAGCGGUUAUCUUUGGCGACUUCGAAUAUGCUACUAAGCAGCGCGUACAACAUCGUCUUUGGGACUCGCACAGUCUAAUCAAUUCUCGAUAUCGAAAGUUUGCAGCUCAUUACCGUUCCGCAGAUCAGAAACGCCGUGCUGUGGAGCGCCGAAAGUUGGAGAAACACUAUGUCGAUUUUCUCAAGGAGAGCCAGUAUUUCUACAAGGGAUAUAUUCAGCGUGUUGCUUCUCACUUUGGCCCUCUUCCUGCGUUGCAACGUAUCGCAAAUCGCCUUUCUCUGAGCCCGCUGUCCGUGGACAAGCCGAUCAAAGUCAGCAAAACUCUUGAACAUCUUCUUAAGCUGUCCUGCCACUUCACAUUACUUCGCCUCGGAGACUUGAGUAGAUAUCGAAAUGACUUAAGAAUCAAGGAACGCAGCUGGGACCCCGCCCUAGGAUACUAUCAUCUAGCCGAAGCUCUUUAUCCUGAUUCUGGCAAUGCCCACAACCAAAUGGCAGUCAUUGCUCUCGCUGAUGGCAGCCAUCUCGACGCAUUGUACCAUCUAUUACGCGCAGUUGCUGUCAAAGAACCCCAUACGUUGGCUCGUGGAAACUUGGCUAUUGAGUACAAAAAAAUAUCUACUACUUGGGAGAAGGAAAGACAGAGUAAACGUCGCCCAGCACCCGUUGAGUCCGCUCUGGUCAUUUGGUUCGUAAGACUCCAAGCAAGAUUUUAUAAGGGUGUCGAAUUUUCUACGCAAGGAGAGUUGGAGAAUGAAGUUCUGAGUCAACUGGUCUCAGCCUUGAAGGACCACUCUUUUGAGGAAACCUUGAACAAGCUGGUGCUGAUCAAUAUGGCUGCGAAUUAUCUGGCUACUCAAAGGCUUACUGGCAAGUGAUCAUUUACUCCUGAUUCUAUUAUUCCAUGUAAAAUUUUUAACAUAAUGUGUAGAAGCAGAGGGUGGUGUAACUGAUGACCUCAAGAAAUCACUCUAUUUCCUUCUUGGCUUCAACCUGCAGGUAUUCUGCGUUUUUCUAAGAGCACUCAUCUCAGAACUUGCCGAUGCAGCUGAAGCCGAAAAUCUGGAGUCUUUGACCGCCACAGAUUCUUCCGGUGAUUCCCUUGAAAAGCUCGGCCCAGUCGCAAUUAGGGUCCUCCCCGGUAUUCGUCAAUACUUCGCCUGGAUUAUUUCCCAACGUCUCGUCCUUGUCGGCCUUGGAAACGGAAUUGACCAGGAGUCUACAGGCCGCUUGGUCAGUCAUAUCCAAAAUAUGUGGAAAACAGCCGCAGAUGCACUUUCCGCCCUGGUUAACUUCUUUCCCGUGGCAUCCCUUCCUUAUCUUCCAUAUCUGUUGCCCGAAGACGAACAAACUGUCGGGUUCAGGCCUCUCCGAGACCCGCCUAGUGGUUUGGAAGAGUACAGUCUUUACAAUAAAGAUGAUGGUUUUUUGAAAGCUCGUAUCUCUGAUGGUGCCAUUCGUCAACCUGAUAAUGAAAACUAUUCUCGUAUUCGGGAUAUUUUGCGAGCUGGUAUGGCUCUUCAUUUUGAAAAGGCAUGUCCAAUUAUCAUGGCCAACGAUGGUAGAUUUAUCUAUAGUACCGAAAGCGCUCCGAGCCCCCCGUCAGAUACAUUUGCAAUUCCAAGCCAGCCAGCGGAGCCCACUUAUGCUGUGCAGAGCUACGCCAAGACCGGUAACGAGAAUGUCGCAGGAUCAGAUUCUCUGGGCACCAUGGAUACUGAGAUGAAUCGCAUGGUGGACGAUUUACUCGAGCCUGCAAGCCUUAUUCCUAGUGACGAUACUUCUUACGGUAUGAGUAGCUCCACUACAAAUGCAGUAUUUGCGCCCAUUGGCUCUGAGAGAACACGUCUAUCGGCGAGUAGUCAUAUUACACCGGCCAAAGCCUUUCCAAGUCUGCCUGGCAUCUGGGGCUCCCCCUUCACACCCAAGCCUAAUGAGCUCCGAACCAUCAGUCCCGAAAAGCCUUCAAGUUCUGGUGGAUUCUCAUCGAUGAAUUACUCAACCAACAGAGAGCAGCUUGCUGCCGCUGCGGCGCUAGAUAACAUGACUAAAAUGCAACCACGAAGUUCAAAUGGUGCUGCAACAUAUACAAGGGGCCAGUUUUCAUCUUUUGAUACUCCUAAACCUGUUAAUCAAGUGUUGCAGGAGUCUUUGGCCAAGCAAUUUGAACCUAUGUCACUCUCUUCAUCAGGGUUCUCAACAAACAGUAACAUCUACGCAAAUAAUUCUCCGCCAAAGGCAUACUAUGGUAGGACCUUCGGUCGCUCAUCCUUUAAUGGCCAUGACAGUACUGCCGAUCCAGGUGCUAGCGAUUAUGAGCGAACUACAAUGUUACAGAGCUCACUCUGGAACACUCAGACCGAUAAUGGCAACCGUACACCUCCCGCUGGCCAAGGUUACCAUGGUUGAUUGUCAAGUUAUUACUAUGAAUCAUUGAUGAUUCGUAACAGACCACCAAUUUGAUAUCAUCAUCACCCACAUCUUCGUCGGACAACAAAUACUUUACCGUCUAUUGUCAGAAAUCAGUAAGAAGUCUUUGCUCUUACAAAGUCGAGGUCAUCACCAGGAGCCACCAGACAAAUCAUCAGCAAGCAAAAUUCAUCAGCACAUUGUAGGAAAACCACAGUCAGAAGCUGUAACUGAGAAAUAUCAAAGCAGAUAUGGGUAAAUAACGUUUUAUUGGGUCUCUAACGACACGCUAGCUCUAUAAAUUGAUCGUGGAGGAUCAUAAGUUCAUGCAUCAUGCACUACAUCUUUUCGAUUGUAGACGCUCCUGUUGUUGAAACCAUCACCCGAACGCCGUCUAGAAUCAGAAUGGUAAAAAAAGUCAUAGAUACUUACUGGCUGGUAGGCUUGUAAGUCUGCUUAGGGAAGGGAAAUCUGCAAAUAUCGUUAGUCUGUAAUCUAGACAAUUUGAUGAAGUUGUACACCGAUGGC